AUGGGGAAGGGACGCAAUAACAAAGCUGGCAAGAAGACUGCUGAUGACGAUCGCGAAAAGGAGGAGACUGCUGUACCUGAAAUACCUGUGAAGACUGCUGCUGACAAGAGCCGUACGCCUUCGUCUUCAUCGCCGGCUGACGUGAUUGGUCCGUUCCAGGAUCUCCUUGAUCUGCACAACAAUGCGGAUCAGGAAAGCGGUCCUGCUGAAGACGACGCGGAGGACAACGGGGAACAUGCGGAUCGGGAGAAUAAGGAGGUGGUUGACGAACCUGCUGUGGAUGCUACGGAACAAGGAGACGAUGAUGCAGAGUCGGUUGAGGCCCCUGGCGAGGAUGACAACGGCUACCUGAGCGACGAUUCGGAUGAGCAUCUAGAACCUGAUUCGCUCAGCAGCGUCAUUGCCUUGAAGCGUUUUUCACUAACCUUGUUGGUGCCGAUCUCCAGGAAAGUUGAAGUCAAGCGUGCUGCUAUAACGGUUGCAGCGCUGCUCGAUGAUGAGAAGGAUCAGUUAUCUCCGGACGCUUUACAGACGACGACGUAUCAGGAGCUUACAGCGACAUACUUCUCAGGCACGCGUUAUGGCCGCCUGCAAGUCACUUUUAACCGUGUCAGGGACGCGAACUACAUCUGGAACCAGAUCAUCAAGCAUGAAUGUGUGAAUGGCGACAUCAUUGAUCUCACCUGGCAGCACCCGGAGGAUGCGCGUUUCCUUCGUGAACGCGUCCUGAACCCGUCGGCGAAGGAGGUGGUGGUUAAGGGACUGCCGGCCGACAUCACUGCUGAGCUGAUCCGCCAUCUGUUGGUGGUGUCCAAGCUCGUCAAACGCGGCAGGAGCGCCUUCGCUAGCGGCUUUGGUUUUCACCGUACUGUGGACCCGGUCACCGGGUUGGAUACUGACCGCAUUCGUGCUGCUUCCUUGAAAGCCUCAGCCCCCAUGAAACGCAUCCUGAAAGACCCCGCGGUAGUACUCACCUCCACAGGUGGUGUGCGGGAGGAGUGGGUAUGUGUGCAAACGGUGUGCGAGAAGGCGCAAGGGAACCAUUUCGAACAAGCAGCGGCUCAUGUCGCAUCUGCCAGACACAAAGGGGGUUUGAAGGCAGACGGCAACACAACGCGUGCCAGCAAGCACUCCCAGAAGAUGGCCAUUUUCAAGAAGGAGUUCAUUGUCAAAGCGGUAGCAAAGUGA